GUAAUACUCGUCAUUCAUCUUAUCACAUUGACAUCGGAGAUCAAUCCUAAUGUGGACACGCUGUGGCCUUCUCCAUCAGUGAUUCCUUUGUCUCCUUUGUCUCCUACAGCAAAGCGCCAUGCGCUGGAGCCCCUCGCCAAAACUUACCAUAGAAGGCUAUUUCGCCAGGCAAUCACUCUGGGUGGCUCAAGCACUGAUUUCCAAGGUGGGUAUCUUUCAGGAUUGUUUUGAUGGAUUGGCUCCCUCGACGCACUUUCUGCACCGUCCUCGGCUGUGGCAUAGCGUAUAAAGCUGCCAUGGACGCAAGCCUGGGGCCCAGUCUCUCCGCUCCCCCGGUCCCACUCUUUCCUCUAGCCGAUCGCGCUGCGAUCCAAGUAUGCCGAAAGCCACUACUUCUAGAGCUGCCCAGCGCAUGUCGCCCAUGAGCUCCACCCAGAAGAGCAGUAAAUCGGCGAUGCACUACCCUCCUCUCGAGCAUAUCUGUCUCCAUCCCGGAUGCGGAAAGAGCUGGCAACGGGCCUCCGAUCUUAGGCGCCACGAACCUGUCCAUCUCCCUGAUCCAGAGCGCAAGCAAAUAAAAAUGCGCUGUCAGGAGCCUGGGUGUUCCUACGAGACGAUACAGAAGUCAAAUCUGCAGACCCACUAUCGCUCCGUCCACACGAACCAGAAACCAUUCAGCUGUGAUUCUUGUGGCUACAGGACAGCAGACCCGUCCGGGCUCUCCAGGCACAAGAAGACGCGUAGGCAUAGACUCAAGCUUGCAGGCCUGCAGCUGGCAGAGUCGGAAGAGAUCGACUCCUCCUCCUCCUCCUCCUCUCCCUCUUCCCCCUCCUUCUCGCCCGUAUCCAUUCCGUCCCCUCUCCCCUCCCCAUCCUCGAGCUCUUCGUCGCUGCCUUCACCAUCUUCGAGCUACCUUGGCGUGACAUCCCCUCCCUCGAGUUCCCACCCCAAUUCAUCGCGUUUCUCAGCCCCGACUCUCCCUCUUACCUGGCCGAUGGCUCAUCAGCUCCAGCUCCCAUUCCUCAGUCCCGAUGUCGCGGUCUACCACGCGGAGGCCGACAUCUCUCCCUUCGACCCCGCGAUUUUCGAUCCCGGCUUGAGGCGCCUGGGCUCCGAUGGGAUGUCCCAUCUGCUCGAUAAGCACUCCAUCCCUCCGUUUCUGGAAUCGCUCCUGGAUCCGCCGGCACUCAACUACGAGACGGCGCAUGAGCCUCAGGUCUUCUUCCCUGGGGUGCCCGUUCCUAUGAACGACUCUACUCGCGACAGUAUUAACUGGAACAAGUUCCUGGACUUCGCAUCGAACGGCGGGCUGUAGACACUGCUCUCGCUUGUACACUGUACAUUUGAAGAUUAGCUCCGGUGUGUUUCUAUCUCCUGUAUUGGUAGCUCUGUGUGUUUCGUACGUGUAUAUAGGCUGUGGCACAUAUAGGCUCUGUGUAGUGUACUGUGUAUUAUAACUCCUCUAGAUUAUACUUAGCUAUUGCAGCGUUGCUUCGUGCUCGAUUCCGUGCGCCCAAGCCUCGAUAUGACAUGAAGAGAACCACGUCCCCGACAACUGAGUCCGCCAGUGUCGCAGAGAGAUUCCGAAGUGCCACCGGAACGUGCUUGAGCAAAACCCCCGACUCCGAGUCUUCACCCAUCGUGUCUCAAGUGCGCUCCGACGAACAUCAGUCAUGCCUGAUACGCAGGAUUUGUCGCAUGAAAUGUUCCCUGGGCUAAUCGCCUCGAUCGGAUUGACUUUCAGUUUGUGCCCGGGGUGCCAGGGCUCGUGCAUCGUAUCGGAGAGUUGGUUGGGUACGGCGUGCGAUGGAUGUCUCCUCCGUGGCACCAUGCUUUGGCUGACGCGUCGACUGCAGCAAGUCCCUCGGCCGAGUUCCGAGGCACAGGGAAUAUAAGCAGACAUUCAUCUGUCUUGCGUUCGGAGUGGUUCAUUCUGUACCAUCCGCAUUCGCUGAAUACGGUUGGCGGUUUCUAGGAAUUCAAGCGCACCACACAGAGAAGGAGGGAUCUUGUCUGAGUCCAUGCGUUAUCGAAACCGUAGGUAGGAUGCAAGCGGCGACGAAGUUUUGGUUCUCUUGACCCAGGAAUGUCAUGGUAGGACGAACGGACACAUGUGAGUGCAGGGAGGAUUCGCCUCGAGCGCGGGUAAGAAGAUAGAACCCGAGAAGGCAGAGGCUGUAGCUGGCAUAUACGUUGUCAUCGAAGGCGAAAAGCUUGGGCAAGGGUGUUACGUCUUGAAGCUGCCCGACUGUUUCGGUGCCCGACAUCUUGAGUGAGCAUCGCCAAGCUCCUCCCACAGAACCUAUGCCACUAACGUCCCUCUUCCGUACGCCGCCAGUGGCCGCUCGGAUCCUGACCAUCGGCAUUUGAUCUUCGUGCUGGGCACAUCGCGGCUGGACAGAAGGACCGAAUGGGCUUCUCACCCUCUCUCGACUAGGUAAUCUGGUGCUAGCAUCUGAUCGUGAGGCUUGUCGUUUGACCGAGAAGCAGAACGAACGGGGACGCAGUGGCCAUGGGCGGAAGGAGCGGAGCGUUGCGAUGUUCACCAAGUACAUUGACUUGAGGUAUCCUGGGCCGUAACGUGUGUUGCGGAAAAGCACGAGACGAAGAGUACGUGACUGCCCGUCUUGCAGCGUUCAUACGAUUCGGCGCGGACGUUACGCUGCGUUCCAAAGUCUUUCCGGACUCCGAGCGCUGGUUUCGGCGGCAAGCUCUCCGACAAAGCUCAUUAUUUGCGUCGUAAAGCCCGGACGAUCUUUUCCAGGCCGAGCGAUCAUAUAUUCCCGUAGCUUGUAAACCUCCCGCGUGCCCGAUAGCUAGUAGGCGCAGUGUCGUAAAGGGAGAGGGGACGGGUGAAGCGUGAGAUGGAUAAGCGAGCAGAAGCACGAGAGAGGCCAACUGCCGAUGAAGGAUCCGGUGACCUCAUGAGGGAGGGGCAACUCCAAUGCCGCUGAAAAACUUGAUGUGUACGACUGUCGUCCUCAUGCGUUUUCGAGACGUGUUGGGGCGGGCGUCCGGAGAUGCCUGCUUCCAAGGAGAUACGACGGGCCCGAGACGAGCGACUUGAGUCUGUCAUCUUCAGUGUGAUGACCCGAUCUCGUCCAUAUACAAUAGAGUCUGAGAGGCGUGUGCUUCCGCGCGCGCCAUUGACAUAAACUUCUUGCGAUGGUCUGGAGACCUGGUCAGUCCUAUUCCUGAAGAAAGGUGACGGGCACCCACAGCCAGGUGGAACGGUCGAAUCCAAGACGUGCCCAGGCUCGGUGUCGAUAAUCCUGCGUUUCACGGCGCUGACCAUGUGCGCUCUCGACUGGCCCUCCAGCUUCACAACGAGAAAUUCAGCAGCAACGAUCCCAUGUCCUGGCGCGUGUUCGUUAUACUGUGUUUUGCGCCGUAAGUGGGGAGGGAAGGUCUGAAGUCGAUCGAGGACCACAUCCACUGAUUCGUCGAAGGGUUGAGGAAGUCGAGACGGGGCGGAUGACACUUCGACUUCCAUGUCCAGGUCCAUGUCCAUGUCCAUAACAAAGUCUUCUGCGACUUCAGACAGAUACGAUGCCAGGUAAAUGUGAGGAGCGAAAAACAACAAUAUGCUGCGUCGAACCCUAACCCCAGACACGGACACGCCCUGCUUCACUUCUCUUUCCCCACCAAAAACCACGACGCGUCGCGCCGUGUAAACCGCUCAUGCCCUCCUCUCCAUUAGGCUUCUCUGUGGCCGGUAUGGCAUCCACGUCCCAACUCGGCCAGUCGCACAACCACGGCCAGAACCUGAACACGUGGGGCGGAGCGAAUCCUGGUGGCUCAUUGUCAAACUCCUUCACCGAUGCACUCGCCCAACCGCGGAGCCACUACCAGCCGGGAUACCUCAUGUCCGCUUCUCAAUCCAAUAAUGCCCCGGCCGGAUCCCAACGGCAAGACGAACCUCCUGUAGUGCCGACGAAAGCGAAGAUGAACCAUGUCUUUUCGCGCGGACCGGCGUCCGACUUUGGGAUGGACUCGAUGUUCCAAAGCACGAGACAACGUCAGGCCUUGCCUGAUGAGGACGCGCCUCCUAUGAGCUCUAUUAACGAUAUCCCGAAUGAGAUUUACGCCGACACCACCACGUCAUCUUUCCAGCCUCGCCUCUCCGCUUUGAACCCGACCUUCGCGCGUGGCCUUCGCUCACGGCCCACUCCCGCCCUGCAGUCGUCCACCGCCGAUCUACUGUACAUCAUAGUCUUCGGCUAUCCGCCCGACAAGUUCACCCUGACCGUCGACUACUUCAAGAAUCUGGGCGACGCGACCGAAGCCGACAAACAUCUGGAGAUCGUCAAUUGCUUCAAACUUGGCUACUAUGACCCCGCUGAUGCUGUGCGUGCCUUGCGGAAGAACGGGGAAGUGAUUAGUGGAACGUGGAUGGUAGGCGUCAAAUGGGCGGACGUCACCCAGGCUGAGACAAUGCUCGCCCAAGCCGUAACGCGGCGCAUGUCUCCGGAUCCGAAUGCGAUGGCCGUUGACACUCCUAGCAGGAAUGACAAUUCCUCUCCUUCUUACGGGGGCGGAGGCGCCAAUUCACCGCCAGCGCCUAUGGUAGGCACGCCGAUAAGGCUCGCCCCCGCUUCUUCCGCGUUCCGACGCACCGGGGCUCCGUCUGCACCUAUUGCUACGGCCCCCUCGACGCCCGUUGCUCACGCUUCCACUGCCGGCCCGGCGCCGUACGCCAAUGCCUCGCCGACUAAGGGGGUGCUGGGACAGGUCUCGGACAUGAUCUUUGGGUGGUAGAUACUUGCCUACUUUGUGCGGGUCUCAAUCUGUAUUCUGCGUUGUCGGGCAUAUGACAUUUCACCUCGCUCUGACUACUAUCGAUAUCCAUCACUAUCUCAUACUUAUCAAUCUCCGAGUUUUUCUCGUUUCCUGGUCGGGCCUAGGCCUUUUUGCGGGGGGUCUCCGCUCCUUUCUCCCGUUCGUUUCUCUCUCCCUGCUGUACAUUCUGCCGCCGAUGAGUCCGGGUCCAAUCACGCACGAUCGCCAUGGCAGAUGCUCGGUACCGGCAAGCAUACGGAACUCGUGGCCUGGGGUUGGCCCGGGGUAGUCUAAAGUAGAUACUAGACUCAAAUGGUGACUAAUCGCCUAAACUCAGUCUCGUGCAGCUGAAAAUCG